AUGAUGCUCGGUAUCACGCCUUUCGCUGCAACUAUCCCCAAGCAGGUGGCAAGCCGCGCCUCGCUUCGAAUGGCCAAAGCCGCGGCCUCUUCGCCGGUGAGGGGCUUGUCGACGUCGUCGCCGGCCCAAUCGGCUCAAGGAGUGACCCUCUUACAAGAUAAGGAAAAUGGCUUUGGUUUCGCAAGAUCAAACCCCAGGCCAGUUAAGCCCAGGAAGAAAGGAGUGACUGAGAUCAGAGGUCCAUAUUAUUCGGUUAUGGGGAAACGCUACUUAGCAGAUGUGCUCGAAACAAUGGGUAAUCAUGUCGAUGGAUUGAAGUUUGCCGGCGGUUCAUUUUCUUUAUUUGAAGAGAAGCCGCUGCGUGAGUUAACCGAGCUUGCUCAUGAGUACGGUGUAUAUGUCUCCACGGGCGGAUGGGCUGAGCAUCUUCUCACACACCCUGAUCCCAACGCCGCUUUCGAUCGCUACCUCACGAAGUGCAAGGAUCUAGGUUUCGAUGUCAUCGAAUUGUCCUCCGGCUUCCUGUCAUUCCCGGAAGAUGAUUGGCUCCGACUCGUCGACAAAGUGCACUCGUACAAGCUUAAACCCAAGCCUGAACUAGGCAUCCAGUUUGGGGCAGGCGGAGACACCCCUACCUCUGGUCUGGAAUCAAUUGGCACUUCAGACCCAGGCAAGCUGGUGAACCUGGGCCAGAAGUUCCUCGACGCCGGCGUCGAGCGCCUGAUGAUCGAGUCCGAGGGUAUCACCGAGAACGUCAAUUCGUGGCGGACUGACGUCGUGUCCAAGAUCAUGAAAGAGCUCCCUUCGGAGAAUGUUAUGUUUGAGGCCGCUGACCCCCAGGUGUUCAAUUGGUACAUUAGAGAGUUUGGCAUCGAUGUCAACCUGUUUGUGGAUCACAGCCAGAUUGUACAGCUCACAUGUCUGCGGACCGGCAUCUGGGGCACUGCGGACACUUGGGGCAAGAUCGUUUCCUUCCGCCCGGAGUAA